CUUUGAGUUUUUUAGGGUCUAGUCUCUGCAUAUCGUCGUACCGUAGGUCAGUUUCUCAGCCGCCAUGGCGAUAAGUCUGACUGUACGUAGAGUCUGCUUGGAAACUGCAAGACUGCUUCCCAGGGUGGAAUCCAGGAAUCUCCACCACACCCAGUCCCAGGCCAGACUUGUUCCAUCAGGUAUUCACCAUCAUCCUCUGUGUCCUUCUGCCUUCCACAGUGGUGCCAUCUGCGUACUAAGACCAGGAAACAGUGCCUCCAAAAGCUUUCACAUUUGCCAAAGAAACAUCUUCACAAAGUGGUUGCGGACAUCCAGUUCUUCAUCCAGCUCGUCCAAGAACACCAAAGACAAUGAAACUGCUUCCACAGAUUUGGACAGCAAGGAGGAGGACUCUAUCAUACCAAAGACUGAUGAAGAGGGCAAACCCCUGAGUAAUUGGAAGCGAAUGAAGAUCAUGAUGAAAGCCUACGGUUAUGUAAUCAUCCCUGUACAUUGGGUGAUAGCACCAAUAUGGUUUGGAGCUUUCUACUACACUAUCAAAAUGGGUGUUGACAUCGGUCCAUUCCUUACAAAAAUUGGAGUCAGCGAUCACCACGUUGAAACUCUACGCAACUCCAAAGCGAGCACUGCCCUCAUGGCCUAUGCAUUGUACAAGAUUUUCACACCUUUACGUUACACCGUCACUCUCGGCGCCACCGAGGUCACCAUUCGCAAGCUUAGGAAGUUGGGAUACAUGAAGCCAACGCCACCGAAGGAAAAGACAUAUCGAGACUCAUUCAAGGAGACAGUGGGGGAGAUGAAAGAUAAGAUCUCAGACAUGAGGGAAUCUAAGAAUUCUUGAGCUCCUUGCUCUUCGGGUCCCUAUCUCUGAAUAGUGUUGCUGCUUGUAACCUGCAUGUUGCUACGUGUGAUUAUGUGAAAACACAAUGUGAUGAAGAGCAGUGGAUGAUGCUGUCUUUCGGUAACUUAAAUCAAAAAUUCAUCAAGACUCAAUAUUCUUCCAAAUGUUCAUUCAAAUGAUUAAUUCAGAUUAUAUCUGAAAAAUUAUGAUUACAAUUGCAUGCAGUACUGUUAUGUUUGGCUCUUGAGCCUCCAACUUGAAAUUUAUAUGCCUUGAAAGACCCUUCAUAUUAUCUGAGAUUUCAUAGCCCGAGGGGGGGGGAACAUCCCUGAACUUGUUUUUUAUUUUUAAGAUAAUCUGUUCUGCACUGUCAAUUUUUUUUCAUAAACUUCAGCAUUAAAUUUGCCAUGAAAUAGCACCUGCCAUCAUCCAAGCACCAGCAAGAGAGUAACAGAGUAAAUGCAGUCUAUAUAUAUAUAUAUUUAUAUAUACAGUGCGUCCCAGAAAAAAGGAAACUGGGAUUCCCAUGUCUUUUUUCUUCAAAG